UCAGCUCCCGGGACCCGCAGCCAUGGCCGACAUCAAGACUGGCAUCUUCGCCAAGAACGUCCAGAAGCGACUCAACCGCGCACAGGAAAAGGUCCUCCAGAAGCUGGGGAAAGCUGAUGAGACAAAAGACGAACAGUUUGAAGAGUAUGUCCAGAACUUCAAACGGCAAGAGGCAGAGGGUACCAGACUUCAGCGAGAACUCCGAGGAUAUUUAGCAGCAAUCAAAGGCAUGCAAGAAGCCUCCAUGAAGCUCACUGAGUCACUGCAUGAAGUCUAUGAGCCAGAUUGGUAUGGGCGGGAAGAUGUGAAAAUGGUUGGCGAGAAAUGUGAUGUGCUAUGGGAAGACUUCCAUCAAAAACUAGUGGAUGGGUCCUUGCUGACACUGGAUACCUACCUGGGCCAAUUUCCUGACAUAAAGAAUCGCAUUGCUAAGCGCAGCAGAAAACUGGUGGACUAUGACAGUGCCCGCCACCACCUAGAAGCCCUGCAGAGCUCCAAAAGGAAGGAUGAGAGCCGGAUCUCUAAGGCAGAAGAGGAAUUUCAAAAAGCACAGAAAGUGUUUGAGGAGUUUAAUGUUGACUUACAAGAAGAGUUACCAUCAUUAUGGUCAAGACGAGUUGGAUUUUAUGUUAAUACUUUCAAAAAUGUCUCCAGCCUUGAGGCCAAGUUUCACAAGGAAAUUGCAGUGCUCUGCCACAAAUUGUAUGAAGUGAUGACAAAAUUGGGCGACCAGCACGCUGACAAGGCCUUCACCAUCCAAGGAGCUCCCAGUGAUUCAGGUCCUCUCCGCAUUGCAAAGACACCAUCACCACCGGAGGAGGCUUCACCCUUGCCAAGCCCCACAGCCAGUCCCAAUCAUACACUAGCGCCUGCGUCCCCUGUACCAGCACGGCCCAGGUCGCCUUCACAGACAAGAAAAGGACCUCCUGUCCCACCUCUGCCUAAAGUCACCCCAACAAAGGAUCUGCAGCAGGAGAAUAUCAUCAACUUCUUUGAGGACAACUUUGUUCCCGAAAUCAGUGUGACAACACCUUCCCAGAAUGAAGUCCCUGAGGUGAAGAAAGAGGAGACUUUACUGGAUUUGGACUUUGACCCUUUCAAGCCUGAGGUGGUAUCUGCGGGUUCUGCUGGAGUGACCCAUUCACCCAUGUCUCAGACAUUACCCUGGGACUUAUGGACGACAAGCACUGAUUUGGUACAACCGGCUUCCGGUGGUUCAUUUAAUGGAUUUACCCAGCCCCAGGAUACUUCAUUAUUUACAAUACAGACAGAUCAGAGUAUGAUUGGCAGCUUGGCUGAAUCUGAACAGGUUCCACCCUCAGAGCCAAAAGCAGAGGAACCUCCUGCUGCUGCUGCACCUGUUGUCGGGCUGGACCUUGGACUGGAAACUAGGGCUGAGGAGCCAGUGGAGGAGGCAGUGAUUAUCCCUGGAACUGAUGCGGAUGUGGCUGCAGGAACCACCUUACCAGCAGAGGGGGCCCUGGUAGAGGAAGCAGAGGCAGAGAAGGUAGCUCUCCCUGCAGAAGAGGGAGGAAGUCUAGAGGAGGCCAAAACUGAUACUGAACCCACAGAGGUUACAGACAAGGACAGACCUCAACCAACAGAGACAGAAGCAGCAGUGCCUCAGGAGAAGGUCAUCCCUUCUGUUGUCAUUGAGCCCGCCUCCAACAACGAAGGGGAAGGAGAACAUGAAAUGACCCUGGGUGCAGAGACUAAGGAGGCCACUGAGGAUGUGGCUCCUCUGGGCCCUACCAGUGAGACGCCAGAGCUGGCCACAGAACAGAAGCCCCCAGAGGACUCUCAAGCCCUGCCUUCCGCACCAGCGGGUGCUACUGAUCAAUUUGCAGGAGAGGCCUCUCCAGAAGUGCCUCCUGGCUUUCUCUACAAGGUGGAAACACUACAUGAUUUUGAGGCAGCAAAUUCAGAUGAACUUACCCUACAAAGGGGUGACGUGGUGCUGGUGGUCCCUUCGGAUUCAGAAGCUGAUCAGGAUGCAGGCUGGCUGGUGGGAGUGAAGGAGUCAGACUGGCUGCAGUACAGAGACCUGGCCACCUACAAAGGCCUCUUUCCAGAGAACUUCACUCGACGCCUGGAGUAA